UGUCAAAAAUUGACAACGACAACGUCUUUCCUUCUCCCGGCACGUGUUUCUUAAGUGAAAGCGUGGUGUUUGCCUGAUGUAAAUAUCACGAAUAGUUAAGUAUUUUAAAUAAAACUUAUGCUUUUAUCAUAAACAAUCAGGAAACCACGUGGCAUGCAUUAAGAUGGGACGUAAAGCAAAAUUCGACGAAACCAAGAAAGUUAAGAAAGGACCGGGUAGGAAAGCCCGUAAACAGCCCGAUCCAAUUUUUAGAAAAGAGCUUCUUGAAGAUGAAAGUGAGACAAAGAAAUUGAGUCACAGACAAAAGCAGAGAGUAGCCCGACGGUUAAAGAAAAAAGCUCAAUUAGUUGAAAAAAAGAAAGCUGCUAAACAAGCAAAGAAGAAUGUUAACCAGGAUGAGAAAAAAGAAAUGAGUGAAGAUGACAUUUCUAAUGAUGAAGAAGUCAAAGGAGGCUUUACUGAUGAAAAUAAAGAAUGGUUAAAAUUAAAGAAACCUACUAAAACAAAGAGUAAAGUGGAAAAACCAGUCAGUGAGAGUGAUGAAGAGUCUGGCUCUGAACUUGAUUCUGGUUCUGGUAAAGAAGACAGUGAUGAUAAUGAAGAAGUUGAAGAAGACAAUGAAAAAGAAUCCGGUGGCAAAGAAAACUAUAAGGUUGGAAAACUGGAUGAUUUAUUUGAAGAUUCUGACAAUGAGAAUGCUGGUGAAAAUGGCUUAGAAAGUGAUGAUGACGCACCAAAGAUGGCUUAUGACUCUGAUUCCAGUGAAGGGGAUGGUAAAGAUGGUGAUGACAAAGAGGAUGAUGAUAUGUUGCCAAUUGAAAAAGCUAAUUUGAAACUCAAAAAGAAGCAAAAGUUAAACCAGAAAUUAGCUGAUGAAGAAAUGCAACUGAACAUUGCCAAACAAGAUGUCUUUGCAUUUCCCACAGAGGAGGAAUUGCAAAAUCCAACCAGUCUACAAGAUAUACAUCAAAGAAUUAAGGAUAUAGUUACUGUGUUGGGUGACUUUAACCGUUUGAAGCAGGAAGGCAAGUCUCGGUGUGAAUACACUGAGUUGCUUCUGAAAGAUUUAUGUACGUAUUACAGCUAUAAUGAGUUUUUAAUGGAAAUUCUCAUGCAAAUAUUCCCAGUACAAGAACUUGUGGAAUUUUUAGAAGCAAGUGAAAUGUCGAGACCUGUUACUAUACGUACUAAUAGUCUUAAAACAAGAAGACGAGAUUUGGCACAGGCAUUAAUCAACAGAGGUGUCAAUUUGGACCCUGUUGGUAAAUGGAGUAAAGUGGGCUUAGUAAUAUACAGUUCAACGGUUCCUAUCGGUGCAACUCCUGAAUAUUUAGCUGGUCAUUAUAUACUUCAAGGAGCUUCAAGUUUCUUGCCCGUUAUGGCACUUGCACCACAAGAAAAUGAAAGGAUUUUAGACAUGUGUGCAGCACCAGGUGGCAAAGCAUCACAUAUUGCGGCGAUCAUGAAAAAUACCGGAGCCUUAUUCGCAAAUGAUGCAAAUAAAGAUCGCACGAAAGCUGUUGUAGGAAACUUUCACAGAUUGGGUGUUGUGAAUGCCGUAGUUUGUAACUAUGAUGGACGGCAAUUCCCUAAUGUAAUAAAAGGCUUUGAUAGGGUUUUGUUGGAUGCUCCGUGUACAGGGACAGGUGUUAUCGCUAAAGAUCCCAGUGUGAAAACAACAAAAGAUCAGAAAGAUAUUCAAAGAUGUUUUAAUCUUCAAAGACAGUUGUUAUUAGCCGCUAUAGACUGUUGCAAUGCUAAAUCAAGUACAGGGGGAUACAUAGUGUACUCGACAUGUUCCAUUUUACCCGAAGAAAAUGAAUGGGUGGUAAAUCAUGCUUUGAAACGACGUAAUGUUAAAUUAGUACCGACCGGUUUAGAUUUUGGAACUGAGGGUUUCGUGAAAUAUAGACAUCAUAGGUUCCAUCCAUCAUUGAAAUUGACGAGAAGAUUCUAUCCGCAUACACAUAAUAUGGAUGGAUUUUUCGUUGCAAAGCUCAAAAAGUUCUCUAAUGUCAUUCCGGAACCAUUUAAAGAUGAAGAUGAUGAAGAAGAAGUGGAUGGUGAGAAAGUCGCUACAGAGAAUGGUGAUGCAAGUACAUCGGAAGAAAAAGAGGAUCAAACCAAUAAAACUAAUGGUCCAAUGAAAAGGCCGGCACCAACAGAUACAAAAGAGCCACAGAAAAAGAAAAAAGCUAAGGAAGACAAAAGUGAUGAAAUAGAAGAAAAAGCAGAAGUUAGUGUUGAGGGAAAGAAAAAGAAAAACAAGAAAAAUAAACAAAAAGGCACGGCAAAUGAAGCACAAGAAAAAACGUCAAAUGUUAACGAAAAUUUAAAUAUUGAUAAAACGGAUGAAACAGGAAAAGCCCAGAAUGAAAAACAACAAAAUUUGUCAAAAGAUUCCACAAAUUCUGGUAACACACAAAGUCCUAAAAAGAAAGGUAAGAAAAAUAAAAAGAACAAAAAUAAAAAACCCAAUCCUACUGUAGUUAGUAAGAACGAACAAAAUGUUACUGAAAAAGUACAGUUGGAAGUUUCAAAGAAGUUGAAAAAUAAAAUGAAGAAAAAGAAAAAAAUCGGACAAAUCAAUAACAAAAACAAGAAUAAAGAAACAAAGUCUGCAAAUGAAAGUGUUAAAUUCUAG